CCCUGUGGCCACGGCUCGGCUCGGUAUCUGCCGCUCCUGCCUGGCCCCCUGCACACGCGUCCUCCGCUCAGAGCUCAGGCCAGCCCCAGCCGGCAGGGAGGCCGGCUGGGGGCAGGCAGGCAGCGAUGCCCGCGUCGGCCGCAGCUGCCUGGCACUGCCCUCCUUUGUGCCUGCCUCCUCUGCCAGCCUCCGCUCCACCCCCCACCCCCACGAGGCCUGCUCCUGGGCCCGGCCGCAGGGCCUGCUGCCCGCAGAGCUCCCACCCUGCGCCCACUUGGGGUGCCCUCACCUUCUGGGCCCCCGGCUCCUGGCCUCAGGUCCUGCUGGUGCCCAGGUCGCCCGGCCCCGUCCUCCGUGCUCUGCGUUCGCCCCACCCUGCUGCCCGAGCUCGGCGGCGAGCCUGGCACCGUGCCAGGCUGCCUGGGAGCCCAGCCCGGGCAGGGCGAACUUUCCGGCGAGGGUUGGUCUCAAACUCCUGGGCUUAUGUCUUUCUGCCUCGGCCUCCCAGUGUGCUGAAAUUACAGGUAUGAGCUACUGUACUCAGCCCAAACCCAGGGCUCUUAACCACCCUACUAUGCACUGUGCUGGCCCCCAGUCAAGGGAGAGAAUUCACGUCAGGCAAAAAUGUUUUACAGAGAGGCAGCUAAGUCUGUUCCACAAUGGAUGACACAGUCCCCCUCACAAACCACCCCACAGAUCGAACCCCAAGGAACUCUGCUCCUACAUGUGCCCAUGGGGCAAGGGAUGCAAAACACCAGGCAAAGGAGCUCAGAGGAUGGUACUCCUCCAGAGAGCUGUGUGUCUCUGGGAAAACUAACACACCUCUCUGAGCCUGUUGCUACAGCUUUACCAUCAGCGAUGUGACUGCAGGUCUUCUCGGCUGCCUGUCAGCGGAUGCACAGGCCUGUGCACAGGGCUCCACAGGGACCACGCCGACAUCACCGCACACCCACCCUCCUGCUCAUAGGACAGCCCAUUCACACCCGCUUCUCCACCAGCCACAGGCUUCUUGGGAGGACCAGACUCUUCUCCACGGACAAGCCACUGCCCCUUUGAGGGCCUCAACUUCCUUACUUAUGAGAUGAGGAAACAAAUCUGCACUUCCCAUGGGACUUGGGGGGUGAAAAGGUAACCUCCGUAAAGCGGCCCCUGGUGUGGGGAAGUCACCCAAUAGAUGACAGUCCCUCCCGCCUUCCCCCUAGGCCCAGAGCUCCGCAGAGUCCUCAGGCUGGUGUCCCUCCAGGCCAAAACGCUGCCACCCCCUGGCCAGUGCAUUACAGGGUGGUGGGGAAGGGGGGCAUCUGUGGAAGACAACACAGGACUUGGCCUGGGGUCCUGGGCAAGACCUCUGUGACCUCAGUUUCCCUGGAUCUCUCCAGGUGUGACCUUGUAGACGGCCUCUGUUCUGGACUCACAGCUGCUGAGGACGAGGAAGAGGACACUGCAGGCAUUCCUUCAGUCCCCUGGGGAGGUUCAGAUGCUCAGACUCCCUGAUACCACCUUUGCUGGGCAGAAUAAUGUCCCCAAGAUGUCCGAGCCCUAAUCCCUGGAACCUGGGAAAGUGUUACCGCACUAGACCAAAGGGACUUUGCAGGUGUGUGAUUGAGUUGAAAAUCUGCAGUGGGAGGGUAGCCUGGAUUAGCCACGUGCACCCAGUCUAGUCACACGAAACCUUAAAAGCAGAGACUCCUUCCCUGCUGUGGUCAGAGACAGAACGAGGGGACGCUGCUGGCUUCAAAGAUGGAAGAAGGGAGGAGGAGCCAAGGAGCAGGUGCCGCCAGAGGCCAGAAAAGGCAAGGUAUGGAUUUUUCCCCUGGAGUUCCAGGAGGAACUAGCCCUGCCAACACCUGGAUUUUAGCCCUGGGAGCCCCACCUCAGACAUCUGAGCCCCUUGACUGUAAGGUAAUAAAUGUGUGUUGCUU